GUGAGAAGAGUGAUGACCAUCCUUUUCCUUACUAUGGUUAUUUCAUACUUCGGUUGCAUGAAGGCUGCCCCUAUGAAAGAAGCCAACGGCCGAGGACAAGGCAGCUUGGCCUACCCAGGUGUGCGGACCCAUGGGACUCUGGAGAGCGUGAACGGGCCCAAGGCAGGGUCAAGAGGCCUGACAUCCUUGGCUGACACUUUUGAACACGUGAUAGAAGAGCUGUUGGACGAGGACCAGAAAGGUCGACCCAAUGAAGAAAACAGUAAGGACGCGGACUUAUACACUUCCAGGGUGAUGCUCAGUAGUCAAGUGCCUUUGGAGCCUCCUCUCCUCUUUCUGCUUGAGGAAUACAAAAAUUACCUGGAUGCUGCAAACAUGUCUAUGAGGGUCCGGCGCCACUCUGACCCUGCCCGCCGUGGGGAGCUGAGCGUGUGCGACAGCAUUAGCGAGUGGGUGACAGCGGCAGAUAAAAAGACUGCAGUGGACAUGUCGGGCGGGACGGUCACCGUCCUUGAAAAAGUCCCUGUAUCUAAAGGCCAACUGAAGCAGUACUUCUACGAGACCAAGUGCAAUCCCAUGGGUUACACAAAGGAGGGCUGCAGGGGCAUAGACAAAAGGCAUUGGAACUCCCAGUGCCGAACUACCCAGUCGUACGUGCGGGCCCUCACCAUGGAUAGCAAAAAGAGAAUUGGCUGGCGAUUCAUAAGGAUAGACACUUCCUGUGUAUGUACAUUGACCAUUAAAAGGGGAAGAUAGUGGAUUGAUGUUGUAUAGAUUAUAUUGAGACAAAAAUUAUCUAUUUGUAUAUAUACAUAACAGGGUAAAUUAUUCAGUUAAGAAAAAAUAAUUUUAUGAACUGCAUGUAUAAAUGAAGUUUAUACAGUACAGUGGUUCUACAAUCUAUUUAUUGGACAUAUCCAUGACCAGAAGGGAAACAGUCAUUUUGCGCACAACUUUAAAAAGUCUGCAUUUCAUUCCUCGAUAAUGUUGUGGUUUGUUGCCGUUGCCAAGAAUUGAAAACGUAAAAAGUUUAAAAAAAUAAUAAUAAAUUGCAUGCUGCUUUAAUUGUGAAUUGAUAAUAAACUGUCCUCUUUCAGAAAACAGACAAAAAAAAAAAAAAAAAACCAACAAAAAUUUGAACCAAAACAUUCCGUUUACAUUUUAGACAGUAAGUAUCUUCGUUCUUGUUAGUACUAUUAUCUGUUUUACUGCUUUUAACUUCUGAUAGCGUUGGAAUUAAAACAAUGUCAAGGUGCUGUUGUCAUUGCUUUACUGGCUUAGGGAAUGGGUGG